AUGACACGCGAAAGAUUUGAAUUAUGUCCCCUUGUGUCACGAUGGUGUUCACACGGCGUGACGUCACAAUUUUGUGACAGACAGAAGGCAGAGUCCUGCGUCAGACAGAUGGAAGAUGUCAUCACCGGCGUCCUAGAGACAACCGCGGGAAUUACCAGAACCGAUCGUCUGCAACAGUUGUGUCUAGAUAUCAUCAAGGGAAACAAUUUGACCCAGUGCUUCAUUGACGCCACCAGCGCGUGCACCGGGGGCGCUGUCAUCUCUCCCAAUGACGUCAUACAGAAAUGGGAGAAGAUCAUGCAAGACCUUUAUAAUUUAUGUGAUGGAGCCUGUCCCAACUUUCUAGAGAGGACAGUCAACAUAACACAGUGCACAGGCAUGAUCCGUUUUGAUGCUCUCUACGAUUCCUCAUACCAGGUAUUUUGCAGCUCACUGAACGCUAGCCUACAGUGUGUGAGCCAAACAUCAGAACAAUGCCCACAGUUCAGCAACCUCUUCUAUGACCUUCUACCAGACGGUAUGAACCAGACGGCUUCCACUGUCUGCACAGGGGGAUGUGACAACUUUGACUCGGCGCUGAGUAAGCUGGAAACUUGCAAGAAAUUCGUCACUGAUUUACCCGAUGACCUGCACCAGGCUUGUCAAUCGUACGAAAAUUUCAAGACUUGCAUUAAGAUGACUGAAGCACAGAUGACCUGUCCUAUGUUCGGCUCCCUCAUGGAAGUCUUGUACCCACAACACAUCUUUGGCUUGUACGAGCUGAAUUGCAACAAAAGUCAACAGAUUAAUGAUACUGCAGACAAAUGCGGCCAAAUCGGUUUAGCUCGCAUUGAUCACUGUGUGAGAAUCUUUUUUUUGGCCUGGCCUGCAAACCCAAAUCGGAAAGUUCCAACAAAACAACAGUGCAAGGACUACAUGACUGGUACGAGAUGUCUGCAGAAGGCGGGGUUUGACGAAUGCGCAUCUUUGAGGCAAUACUUCCGUUCCAAGACAGAAGGCAAGCAGAAACAAACACAGAUGAUGCAGGAAAAGUGCCCUCGUAUCAGCGAGGGGUCAGUGCGCG